AUGUCAUGGAGGUAUGCGUUAAAAAACUACGUUACCAGCCCAGAAACGGUAAACGAUGAUACAGUCACAUACUUUGAUGAUAAAGUGUCCAUAAUUAGAGACUCGUUUCCUAAAUCAGAGUGCCAUUUAUUGAUUCUACCACGAACUAUGCAGCUGAGUAGAAGUCAUCCUACUAAAGUGAUUGAUGCUAAGUUUAAGAAUGAGUUUGAAUCAUACGUUAAUUCUGCGAUUGACCACAUCUUUAGGCAUUUUCAAGAAAAGUUCCGAAUAAAGAAGAGUGAUGAUGACAAAGACCCCUGCUGGGAUGACAUAUUAAAAGACAAAAACAAGUUUGUAAGAAAUUUUGUACAAGUUGGGAUACACAGCGUGCCUUCGAUGGCCAACUUACAUAUACACGUCAUAUCCAAAGAUUUCCAUUCGGUAAGAUUGAAGAACAAAAAACAUUAUAAUUCAUUUAAUACUGGAUUCUUCAUUAGUUGGGACGAUUUACCAUUGAACGGAAAAAAUUUGGGCACUGACAAGGAAAUUGAAACUACGUACCUGAAAGAACACGAUUUACUUUGCUGCUAUUGUCAGCGAAAUUUUAGUAAUAAAUUUAGCUUAUUGAAAAAGCAUUUAGAACUAGAGUUCAAUAGCCAUUUCGAGCUUAAAUAA